ACUAACCCAAUUUUGUUUUCGAGUUUAACCUAUCUUUUUUGAACACAUUGUUAUGCGGAAGUGCUGGCUUGUUUGGCCCCUUUUUCCAUAAUACACUAAUUAAUUAUGGAAUUCGAUGUACCUGAAGAUGUCCCGGUGGGCAAAAAGAGACCACUAGAAGACUCUAUCGAUGAAGUCGCCCCUAAACAGAAGAAACCGAAGUUGUAUUCGGUAAAGCAAUUUAGAAAACAGCUCCAAUCCACUGAAAAGUUGCAAGCUUUAACUGAGUUUUCAGCAUUGGUGGCAUCAAACUCAAAGCAUGACUAUAUUUUUGAUUAUCUCAAAGAUGGUGGAAAUUGCCUAGAACUGCUUCAGGCCCUUGAACAUGAUUCUUCCAUACCACCUUCGAUUGUUUUCGACAUAAUUAAUCAUUUACUUUUGCGAAUUAGUGCUAAAUAUGGACAGUAUUAUACCUCGGCAUAUGAAUCUUGUAGAUACUUGCUCAAUAAUUAUUUAUCAGUUGUUCACAAAAUGCUUGGGCUGAGUUCAUCAAAACAAGAGAGAAAAGCCUGUCUUAAGUUGCUCACAGCUAUGGCAACAUUCUCUUCGAAUUUGGCCAAAGAUAUUUUGCUAAAAGUUAAGUUCCAUUCAGCAAAUAUAGAACUGCUAUCGAAGCCCACCGGCGAAAAAAACAGUGUUCGAGACAGCUUUAUACAUUUUUUAAUUGCAUUUAUGGUUGAUAGUGACUGGCAUAUUUUGUCAAUUUUACUUGAAAAAAGUGGACUUUUAACACGUGUUAUAUCAGGACUUCAAUAUGAUGAUGCAGAUACGGUUUGCAUGAUUAUAACUGUCAUGAAAAAUCACAUUUUGGAAAACUCAUUUGUAAGGAAAACGACGAAAAUGCAUGUAUUUAAUACUGCGGUAGUAAAAGAUCUUGUGAAUUUAUAUAAUUGGAAAGGAUCGGAUGGACUAAAAGCUAUGGAGAAAAACAACAAAACCAUCUAUGAGGUGGACAAAAUAGCAAAAUCGAAAGUUAGUGAAUGUCUUCAUGAUUUUCUAUUGGUUUUGUGUACCUCAUAUAAAUUCGGCUUAAUAUUCAGUGAUCCCCUAGUGGGACUGGGUAAAAAGCAUGUGAAUGGAUUAAUGUUUACUGUGUUAGAUAGCUUAGAUAGGCCCUGGGAACAUUCAUAUGCUAGCGAUCUGGUUAUAAAAAUAUGUCGAUCUUGCCCAGACUUGACAAAAGUGAUGUGGAUUACUCUAAAACCGUUUUUGGAACCAAGAUUGACCGAAAAAUGGCUAAACGCCAUGAGUUUUACCAAAAGAUUAAUCGACGAGAUGAAACCGUCUUGUAUCGAAUAUUGCGCCAAAGAUUUGUCUGCUCAACAGUUGGCGCAAGUUAUAGAAGUGUUAGUAUCCCCAUCUGCCAUUUUGAGCGGUCUGAUUGAUGCUAAACCCAUUGAAAAUAAAGGCGUCAAAGUCCAUAUAAUAAAAUUACUGCGUCAUAUGCUGGAAAAAAUGCUUGAAUUUCUAGAUCUAGCAAAGAAUUGGACUGGCAGAGAAAGUCACACGAAAGUUGCGAAUAAUUUAUCGAACUACAUUAGCAAACAUUAUCCGAAAGCAGAAGAUCUACUUGAAGAGUGGAAAACUGUCGACGUAAGUACAGAACAGGAACAGUCGACAGAAUCUGAAAAGCGAGAUAAUUUGGAAGUAAUACUUGAUAUACUUAACUUCUAUAAAACAUUAGCGCCUCAAUGUUUGUCAAAUCUGACUGCAAGAAGUUUCGAUUUUAAAAACUUCUUAUUCAACCUGGCUGACAACUUCGAGGAACAGUCUGAUUCAAUUGAAAUGUUGCAAAUCAAGCUCGUUGAGAUCUUCGUCGACAGCGAGCAAGCACUUUUCUUACCCAACACUGAUGUCUUCGCUUAUAUUGUGCCAAUAUUACUGAAAAACUUCCAUGCCAGAAAGGAGAGCACUGUUCAAAACGUUCUGAGCAAGCUUCUUCGAAAUACCGGCAUUUUUGACAGCGGUCUGUACGAAAUAAAUAUUUGGCUUAAUGGAAUUUUCAACUUCGAUACAUUUGUGGAAAGUUUCGCCGAAGAUUUUGUAGAAUUUUUCAAGGACGCGAAUGCUAAUCUAUUGGAUUUCCAAAAAGAGUUGUCUCAAAUGGCAGAGGAUGAAGGAUUAGUGAAUGAAAACGAGAAUGUAAUCGAGACUCUAAUGAAUAUGUCGGAGUUCGUCGAUUAUUCUCCAAGGAAAAUAAAACAUAGAACGUCAUCUGUUGCAGUUUUAGGGCUUUUAAAAUAUCUGCCAAACUCGAGAUCGAAGAGCAUAAAAAAGUACGCUGAACUUGUUUUGUUGAAUCUUUUUCACAGCCAAACUAGGAUUCAAAAGUUCGUAUCCGUAAUUCAAACGUACUCGGAUGUGAUCCCUUCAAAUGUGUUCAAUUACAUAACGAAUUGGUCUCAACAUCAAUUUGUCCAUUUAGCCAAAGUCAAAGGAUCUUUAACGGUGUUUAAAGAUAUUGGCGAUAAUUUCCUGAACAAACUGAUAACCUUAGAAAUGCUCGAGAGUAAUGGUUAUCCAGAUUUACUAGUUGAUAUAUUAAGAAUGACGACUUUUUAUGUGGCUAACUUAGUUUCAAACAAAUCACUUUCAGAAGAUAUUGCUACUAAUUGGAUAACGGUAGUGGACUGUAUUGUGAAAGACCAUGUAAAUCUAUUGGAACAAUCAUGCCUAGAUUUGAUUCUAUCGAAUCCGUGUUUGAUUAAGCAUUUUGAUUUCCUAGCCAGUCAGAACCAUGUAUGGACUAAAUCGCUUUUAGUAGUUGUUAAAAAAUUGCAGGAAGUUGGGGUCGAUUUGGAUCAAUACAAACCCUUUUACUCUGGUAGGAUCUAUCAGAAUAUCGGAAAAAUCCUAAAAAAUCCAUCCAAGUAUAAUGUUAGUCUCAAUAUCAAAGACUUUUUGCAAGUGUUUCCUCUUGAUUACCCACAAGCUGCUAAAAUAGUCGAGCAGAUCUGCCAGCUACCAUUUGACAAGUAUAUAAGUGGUGAAAGUUCUCCUGUAUCUAAUAUACUUAACUACAGCUUGAGCCGAAUAUUAGAGCUCGUUAAGGUGCAUCCAGAAUUAGCUCCUUUUGAUAAAAAGGUGGUAUUAAAUCUGACUGCACUAUUAGUAGGUUUUAACAAAGAAAAUCUGAACAGCAGUGCCUUCGCUACCAAUUUAAGAAGUUAUUUCGCGAUAUUUCCACACAACAUAUCAGAUGUUGAUAAACACUUGUUUUCGAGCAUUUUAACUAUGUCUGAAUACAAUAAAGAAAGCGUUGAUCUGGCAGUGUUUUUGUUGGAGACAAAUUUGAAGCUAGUCAGCGAGUUGGAAGAGAAUGUGUCAACUAUUUGCGAGAAAAAAGGACUAAUACUACCAAUAGUACAUAUUUUGGCUAAUAAUAGUGCUCCUGAAGAAAUUCUGCAAAAAAUCUAUGAAAACAUGGAGUCUUCAUUAAUAAAAGCCAUCCAGAAGCCACAGAAAGUCGGUCAGCAUUUUUUAAAGGAUUACGACAUUGCCAUUUUGGUGGAGAAGUUUAUGCCUGUAGAGAAGUGUGCGAGUUUUGCUGACAAAGUUCAGAAGUUUGAAGUUGCUGAGAUUUUCCACGCCAAGUUGCUCGAAGCCUGUUACAACAAGACAAUAGAAAACGAUAUCAGUGAAAAGAAGAUUAACAAUAUUAUAAUGACUUUUGUCCAUUUGGAAAUUUCUGUACUCAAGAGAGCAAUCGAGACAGAGGAGGAAAUAAACAAAGUUAAUAAGCUAUCUGAUAUAUUUAUGAGAAUUAUGGAUAAGCUGGUUUUGAAGAAUUCGACUUUCCAAUUUGCAAUCAAUGAUAGCUUCAAAACCUUCUGCAAAUUCUCCCUGAAGUAUGGACUAUCUGGCCAAUUCAUAUUACUCCGGCUUCUGGGCAAACUUAUUAAAACUCUAUCAAGCAAUUUAAGUAAAGAUGACGCAGCAAUUUUUUUGGACAUGUUAUUGUCCCACUCGGAGUUUCUGAACGUUGCUUUGGGAGAACACAGUGAAACCAAACUGGAACUUUUAACGCUGAUUUUCAUUUUGUGUGACCAAUGGAACGAAAUAAUGGAAAGAAAUCAUGUACCAGUUUUACUAUCGGCGUAUAGAGGAAUGGUGACGCGGUGCGAUAGAAUUGUGCUGGCAUUGCUGACUCUAUAUGAAUCGAAGCCAGAGCAAACCCGUUUCUACGAUUUUAAGCCAUUUUUAUGUGGGAGAUUAGCGGCUACCCAUUACUCGGUUAGAACUCAGAUAGCCAGUUCGCUGAUGAGACAACCAAAGACGUCAGAUGUAUUAGAAAUUCUUAGAGAAGACUUAGUCAAUUCCACCAUAACAACAUAUCCCUUGGAAGACUGUUUGCGCCAUAACGUUCAGGAGCUUUCCAAAGAGUUCAACUGUUAUGACUUGAAAUUUUUCUUGCCAUUGUUCAGUCACAUCUUGGCUCCAGAGCAGCAAAUUAGGACUUAUGUUUUCAUCAGGAGUGGUGCUUUAAGUCUGACCGUUUUGGGUCUAGGAUGUCAAGAUAAAGAAGUUCGUCAGGCCGCCAGCCAUGUUUUAGCGAGACUGCACUUUCACUUGGAAGGAAGGCAAGUGGGCAAAGACAAUAUGUUGUGGAUAAGAUUUGUCGAAGCAUUGUGUAAAGGUGCAGCUAAUUUACCCAAUUUCAAACUGAAUACCUUCUCAGCCAUUUUUUUCGCCCGCAUGGCUCUUAUUUUAACAAACCCCAAACAUAUUAUGUUCUCGCCCCUAUCCUUAUACCUAACAGCUAAGCAGGAUUUAGAUUUAAGUACUAUUCCCGAACUAUACACUUUACUGUUCAGUUCUGAAGUUAACUUCGCCGACCACAGGAAAUUUAUUUUGAAAAUUCUCAGGGAUGGCAUGCGAACGGAUAAAGAUUUCCUGGACUUUCUCAGAUCCAUGGCCUAUAAAUUGUUUUCGGAGCUUUAUUCCAGUUGCGUGUCGGAUGCGGAUUGUAGAUUGUUGGUCUUGGAUAUAAUGGAUGCGAUUUGUAAAAUACCGUUAGGUGUUAAAAUGCUGACCGAAAAUUUUUCUUUUCUGGUUCAACUAGGUGUUUACGUGACUGAUAUUUGCAGUUCAAGUGAUUCGGCUCUUGCACUACCGAAAGUAGUCAGAAUACUUUUAAAUAUCGCUAAAAUCAGAACUGAUAUAUAUGCGAGUCAAACAGUACUUGAUAUCUGCCAGCAGAUAUUAGAAUCAAGUAACUUUCUUAAGUUAAAAGGACUGGAAUAUUUUUUCGAAACGCUUUUUAUCAUUGGCGAAAACCAUAUUUCUCUUUUACAGGAUCAACAGUUUAUUGCAAAAGUUAUUUCAACUGUGAACGAUAGGUUUUGUAAUUAUAUACAACAGUAUGGCUGUGGUUUUGUAAGUGAAAAAUGCACAGAAUUGCAGGAAAGUGGCACGAUACAUUUUUUAAGGUUGUUAGUUUAUAAAUUAUUAAAAUAAAUAGAGAACUAUUCGAA